GGGGUGAAGAGUCAAAACUGACGGCAAUUCGUUAAGAACCAACCUCAGUCAACACUCAACAGUAUUAAUUCCAAACUUCCUCUUCGUUUUCCUUUGCGAUCUAAUUGACCGUUGGCUUCAUUUUCAUCCUCCAAUGGCUGCAAAGAAGGUUUUACUCACCGUCAACGGUGACGCGGUUUCACGAAACAUCGCUUAUCAUUUAGCAAAACGCGGAUGCAGGUUGGUGUUAGUGGGAGACGAGAAGGUCCUCAAGGGCGUUUCGGAUUGGAUCACCAACGAUCUGAAGGAAGUUACAAUUGAAAUCGUUGGAUUGGAUAUGGAAUCGGAGAGAGAGUCGGUAUUUGAUGAAGCCGUGGAGAAAACCUGGAGUAUUUUGGGGAAAGUGGAUGCCCUUGUUAAUUGCUAUACUUAUGAAGGAAAGAUGCAAGAUCCACUUCAAUUGUCUGAAGCUGAGUUCAAAAAGACUGUUAGAAUAAACUUCAUGGCCCCUUGGUAUUUGAUGAAAGCUGUUGCGAAAAGAAUGAGGGAUAACAAAUCAGGAGGAUCGAUCGUAUUCAUGACCUCGAUAAUUGGUGGUGAGAGAGGAAUAUAUCCAGGUGCAGCUGCAUAUGGUGCUUGUUUGGGUGGAAUUCAUCAGUUGGUCAGAACAUCAGCUAUGGAGGUCGGGAAGCACCAGAUUAGGGUUAAUGCAAUUGCUCGUGGAUUGCAUUUAGAUGAUGAGUUUCCGGUAUCAGUGGGAAAAGACAGGGCAGAAAAACUGGUGAAGGAUGCAAACCCAUUGAACAGGUGGCUAGACCCGAAGAAUGACCUGGCAUCAACCGUGAUCUACCUGGUAAGUGAUGACUCACGCUACAUGACUGGGACAACGAUCUACGUUGAUGGUGCACAGUCAGUUGUAAGGCCACGUAUGCGUGCUUACAUGUGAGAUUUGUGAUUUUGAGUAUUGGGAUUAAUCUAUGGUUAAAGUGUUCUAUGAAUAAAAGAUGUAUGUCUUUUUGGGCUUUACAUGAAACGUUGAAUGAUUCUUUUUACCUUAAUGGUCAAGAACUACACUCUAAUAAAAGAUGAUGUAUAGCAUAUAAACAUCACAAGUAAACAAUUUGAGAUGAUACAAGAUUUAAGUAGAUAUGGGAUUGUUGGGUUGACCACCUAAUCAUUUGAUCCAAUCAUUGUGCGUAAUUUCAACUUUAAAUAUGAUAAAAUCAAUAAUUUAGAAGCAUUUAUUUGACCACUUUUU